AUGAAAAGGUUUACUCGGAAGAAUAUGGACAAAUGCAAAUCACUGCCACUAGAAUUUCCUCGAACGGCACAAGUAACGAAGGAGUUCCCAACUGGGACUGUUUAUGAGGGGGAAUAUGAUCAAUUUGACAUGAAUGGUUAUGGAGAAUUCACAUUCGCUAGUGGUGUUAAAUAUGUAGGGUCGUUCGAAGAUGGUUUGUUUCACGGGAGAGGUGAACUAAUAUUCCCACAUGACGAUGAAGUGGCAGUCAUUCGCGGUAGAUUUCAUAAAGGUGUUAUGACUGAGAGGACUCUGCACUUCGAUGAUAUAUUGGACUACCGAGAGAGAGACUGGAAAUAUUGCACGAUGCCUGAUAGAAGGUUUGCUAUAGAAUACAUAGAAAAACUAAAGCCUGGUGGCAGUUCCUACCUCACAGCCGAACAGCCCACGAAAGAGAUACCUGAGGGUUUCUACGAUACUGGAAAUGGGUUCUUCGAUCCAGUAAAGAAAGUCGUUUUUAAAUAUCAUGACCUCUCAGCGAUCAAGAGGGCUCCAUCAAUUCGCGAACAGGAAUGGAUAAUGAAGAAUUGUCGCAGAGGUACCAUAGAGCCUCUUGGGGCCCGUUCGGACCUUUACGAGAGUUGGACUUAUCCUAUAUUGAAGGCAGGAGCCAGCCCAGCACCGGCAGCUGGGACAAGACAAGCCCCGAUAAAUAUCUCCAGGAAACCAUCGAUUUUCGAAUACGAUGGUCAAGAUGGUGAUGACGACUCACGUCCACUUUUCUACGACUUUUCCGCGUUUGCAUCGCGUUUCCCAGAUGCUUCAAGCCAGAAUCUUUCGAAACGUCCUGUACGGUAUUAAAUGUAAAAGUCUUGUUAUUUUAAUUGGUUACAGCUACUAAAGAUUGACUUAUGUUUAAAAGAUAUCUUUUUAACCGCCAUAUAGAACAAAACUGUA